AUAGGUUUUAAAAUGGAUACAAGUAGGAGAGAAGAGAUUUUAUUAGAAGAAGAGGACCAAAACAGCCCAUUGAGGUGGCGACAACCAGGUGACAGUGGCAGCAACACCACCACCAAUCACUUUCUUAUUCAUCCACAAAAUCGGUGGUAUAUAGCAUGGAAGCAAUUCAUCCUGAUAUGGGCGAUAUAUUCGUCAUUCUUCACACCCCUCGAGUUCGGAUUCUUCCGAGGGUUACCGGAAAAUCUGUUCCUCCUCGACAUUGCUGGUCAGCUUGCUUUUUUCAUCGAUAUUCUCAUACAUUUCUUCGUUGCCUACAAGGACGCUCAUUCCCAUCGCCUUGUCUGCAAUCACAACCUCAUCGCCAUCCGGUACUUAAAAUCUCGUUUCCUGCUUGAUUUUCUGGGCUGUUUACCUUUGGAUGCCAUUUACAAGGCUUGUAACAGAAAAGAAGCAGUGAGGUACCUGCUAUGGAUAAGGCUAAGUCGGGCUCUUCGAGUGACUGAAUUUUUUGAAGGAAUGGAGAAAGAUAUUCGUAUUAAUUAUCUUUUCACAAGAAUUAUAAAACUUUUUGUUGUUGAGCUUUAUUGUACUCAUACAGCAGCAUGUAUCUUUUACUACCUGGCCACUACAAUGCCUCCUGCAAAAGAAGGUUAUACAUGGAUAGGGAGUUUGAAGAUGGGAGACUACAAUUACUCCCAAUUUAGAGAAAUAGACUUGUUCACACGCUACAUAACUUCUCUAUAUUUCGCCAUUGUCACCAUGGCAACUGUUGGUUAUGGAGAUAUACAUGCUGUGAACAACAGGGAAAUGAUAUUUAUUAUUAUCUUUAUUUCUGAUUUAAUCAGAUAUAUGAACAAAAACAACCUUGGAAAGACAAUAAGCAACGAGAUCAAAGGCCAUGUUCGCUUACAGUAUGAGACCAGCUACAAUGAUACAGUUGUUCUUCAAGAUAUUCCUGCUAGCUUUCGAGCCAAGAUCUCGCAGAAGUUAUAUGAGCCAUACAUUAAAGAAGUUCCUCUUUUUAAGGGAUGCUCUCCUGCAUUUAUCAAACAGAUAGCGAUUAAAGUUCAUGAAGAACUUUUUCUUCCUGGAGAAGUGAUUAUUGAAGAAGGAAAUAUAGCAGAUCAGCUUUACAUUGUUUGUCAUGGGAAGUUGGAGGAUAUGGGUAGAAAUGAGAAUGAAGGGGGGAAAUGUGUUCGGAGUUUGGAAACUUCAAGCUCUCUGAAUGAAAUAUCACUUCUUUGUAACAUUCCGGUACCUGAAACACUUCGUGUUGCUGAGCUGUCAAAGCUACUGCGCGUUGAUAGGCAAUCUCUUACAGAUAUACUUGAGAUACACUUUUCUGAUGCCAGGAUCAUUCUAGAUAACCUACUUCACGGAAAAGAAACAAACCUCCGUAACAAGAUUUUGGAGUCUGAUAUAACACUUCAUAUUGCAAAACAUGAAUCUGAAUUGGCCCUCACCUUAAAUUCUGCUGUUUAUAAUGGAGAUAGUUAUCGUGUAAGGCGUUUGGUUGCAGCUGGAUUAGAUCCUAAUAACACGGAUUAUGAUGGAAGAUCACCUUUGCAUAUUGCUGCAAUGAAAGGUUUUGAAGAUAUUGUUAAGUUUCUCAUGGAAAAAGGAGCAAUAAUCAAUGCAACAGAUAAUCAUGGAAAUACACCAUUGUUGGAAGCAAUCAAGAGUGGGCAGGAUGAGGUGGUUUCCAUGCUUGUGGAAGCAGGAGCAUCAUUAGAUAUGAAUAAUGCUGGGAAUUGUCUUUGUAUGGCUGUUGCAGAGGGGGAUUUUGAAUUUUUAAAAAGAGUUUUGGCGAAUGGAAUUAAUCCUAAUUCCAAAAAUUAUGAUCUUCGUACACCACUUCAUAUUGCAGCUGCAGAAGGCUUGUAUUCAAUUGCUAAGUUGAUCUUAGAAGCUGGUGGGAGUGUAAUGUCCAAAGACAGAUGGGGUAACACGCCUCUUGAUGAAGCUCGAGUAGGUGGAAGUAAGAAACUGAUAAAAUUAAUCGAAGAUGCAAUCUUGGAUGCUGGGAAAAGUAUACCAAGUGGCUUCUAACUCUAUCCACCAUUCUACACUCUCCGUGACUGUGUGUAGUAUACUAGUAUGCACAUACUAUUUAUAAUGUUAUAUCAAUUGUAU